AUGUACGACAUCAUUCUUUUCGGGGCGACAGGAUUUACCGGGAAACUCUGUGCACAUUUCAUCGCGCAGAACUACCCAUUGACCACCAAAUGGUGCAUUGCAGGUAGAUCACUGGGUCGUCUGGAGGCCUUGGCGGAGGAAUUGAAGCAACUCUUCCCAGAUCGAAUGUCUCCAGAUAUCGAAGUCACGGAGCUCCAACCAUCAAGCCUUAAGCCUCUAGUGGAACAAACACGGGUUGUAAUCAAUGGGAUCGGACCAUUCCAUCGAUUCUCGACCCCAAUCGUGGCAGCAUGUGCCACGCUUGGUACGCACUAUGUUGACUUUACCACCGAAGUUCCCUGGAUUCGAGAAGUCAUUGAGAAUUAUGCCGAGAUUGCUCGGCAGAGCGGUUCACUGCUUCUCCCCGGCCUGUCAACAUCGACCCCUUCAGAUAUCAUCGCCUGGCUGAUUGUAAACAAAAUGCAAGAGGUAUACUCUACCAACACAGCUGAGAUAGUGAGUUCUGGAAAGCUUGAUAUCAAGGCAAUGAGCACUGGCUCUCUGAACACGGUACUUAACACGUUUGAGACAUAUGGUUCUGGCUGGUACCUAUAUGGCGACUCGUCUAUCCUCUCUGCACCAUUUCGGAAAGAGACAAAGGCGCCCUGGAUCGCGCGUGCCUUCGGUUAUCGAUACACGCAAGAGCUGGGCUCUCUGGCAACGUCCUUCACAGGCUCAGGGAGUCAAGCCGUUAUUUACCGCAGCGCCUCCCAGAGUCCUGAUCUUUAUGGACCUGACUUUCACUUCGAGGAGUAUCUCCCAGCGAAUGGAGUAUUGAGCGCUAUUUUUGUGCAUAUCUUCACCAAAGUGCUGCUUGUACUUUUAUCCAUUUCAUUUGUGCGUGGCCUCGUGCGAAUGCUCGGGACACGUAUGGAUUCUGCUCCGGAUUUGAGCCUGCUAAGACAUACGGAGAGGGCGGAGUAUCGUGCUGUUGGGAACGGUAAUGGAGGCACUGCACCUCGGAUCAUGGCAUCAUUUGUUCGCGAGGGGGCGCUGUACGAGCUCACUGCACUUGUCACCUGCAUCGGGGCAAAGGUAUUGCUUGAUCAAAGGAUUGGUGCCGAUAGGGCGGGAAAUAGUACUCGUGGACAUGGCGGAGUGGUCACACCGUCAUUUUUGGGUAUGGAAUACGUUGAUCGGCUGAAAGAUUCAGGUAUCAAGAUUGAAGUUGAGUUGUUGUAA